AUGGCCGAGUUCUUACUACCUGGUACCAACAACUUCCGUAAGUUCACUUAUGAAUCUUUGGCUGCUAUCGAAAAGAGAAUUGCUGCCAAGAGGAAUUGUCAAAGAAAUACUACAGACCAGAAACCUAAGGAGAAACCACGUCCUCAGCUUGACCUAAAAGCUUUCCAGAAGUUACCAGCUCUCUAUGGAAAUCCUCCUCCAGAGCUUAUUGGGGAACCACUGGAGGAUCUCGACCCAUACUACAAAGAUCGUAAGAUUUUCAUAGUGCUAAACAAACAGAAAAUAAUCUUCAGAUUUACGGCUACACGUGCCUUAUGGAUCCUCAGUCCUUUCCAUCCAAUCCGAAGAACAGCAAUUAAAAUUUUAGUGCAUUCGUUAUUCACUUGGUUUAUCAUGUGCACUAUUAUAACUAAUUGUGUAUUCAUGGCUCGGACUGAGUCCUCUAAGACUUCUCCAUCUCCUUCAUGGAUCAAGUAUGUUGAAUUUACUUUCACUGGCAUUUACACUUUUGAAUCAUUGAUAAAAAUAUUGGCAAGAGGAUUCUGUCUAAAUGAAUUCACUCUGCUUCGAGAUCCCUGGAACUGGUUGGAUUUCAGUGUUAUCGUUAUGGCCUACGUGGGAGCAUUUAGUAACUUGGGGAGCGUGUCUGUCCUUCGGACUUUCAGGGUUCUGAGAGCUUUAAAAACCAUUUCAUUAGUCCCAGGACUCAAGAUCAUUGUAGGGGCACUUAUCCAGUCUGUUAAGAAACUUGCCAAUGUGAUGAUCCUAACUGUUUUCUGCUUGAGUGUCUUUGCCCUCAUAGGCCUCCAGCUUUUCAAGGGCAAUCUAAGACAAAAGUGUAUCAGGAACUCUACAGUGUUCAGUAAAAUACCGAAUUUCUUUAACAAAACACGGGAAUCCUAUGAAAUGCUUGCUAAUGAUACAGAAAACUUUGCUAAGAAAGAGGGCACCUCAGAUAUUUUGCUAUGUGGUGCUGGUGCUGGGACCUGUCCUCCAGACUAUAUAUGCUUGAAAAUUGGGGAAAAUCCUGAUUACGGUUUCACUAGUUUUGAUACGUUUGGCUGGGCUUUUCUUUCCUUAUUCCGCCUGAUGACCCAGGACUACUGGGAGCGUCUGUACCAGCAGACCCUCAGAGCUUCUGGGAAGGUGUAUAUACUCUUCUUCAUGCUGGUCAUCUUUCUGGGCUCAUUUUAUCUAGUCAACUUGAUUCUGGCUGUAGUAACAAUGGCAUACGAAGACCAGAACAAGGCCACCAUUGCUGAAACGGAGGCAAAGGAAAGGAAAUUUCGGGAAGCCUUGGAAUUAUUACAGAAGGAGCAGGAGUCAUUGGCUAUUAAAGGAAUUGAUAUCCUGUCAAUUAGCUCCUUUGAAGCCUCUUUGUCUCCCAAAGAAAUCAAAGAAAGAAGCAAUAGGAAAAAGAGAAAUAAGUCCUUGGGCAUAGAGGAUAAUGAAGAAGAACAAUUCCCCAAGUCACAGUCCACAGACAGUCAACGAAAGUUGCCAGCUGUAAAUGAUGAGAGCGGCAUGAUGCAUUCGCCUCCUCAUCUGUCGGUGGAGUAUUUUAACGAGGCACUUCAGAGACAAAGGGCAGCAAGUGCAGUCAGUAUAAUUACCAGUGUCUUGGAGGAACUUGAAGAAUCUCAGCGGAGAUGCCCGCCAUGCCUGAAUGAUUUUGCUUUAAAAUAUCUCAUUUGGGAUUGUUCUCCGCUUUGGUUGAGAAUCAAGAAAAAAGUGGCUGCUUUCAUAAAAGAUCCUUUUAUUGAUCUCACCAUCACUGUUUGCAUUGUGAUGAACACUUUGUUCAUGGCACUGGAGCACAAUAAUAUGUCACAGAAUUUUAAAUCGAUGCUUAAUGUAGGCAACUUGGUUUUUACAGGAAUCUUCACUGCAGAAAUGAUCUUAAAAAUCAUUGCUCUAGAUCCCUAUUAUUAUUUUCAGCAGCACUGGAAUAUUUUUGACAGUGUAAUUGUCACAUUGAGUUUAAUUGAACUGAGUUUACCCAAACACAAGGGCAAGAAAGAAAGGCGAAAAGGAGGAGUCCUGUCAGUUUUACGAUCCUUCAGACUGCUGAGGGUCUUCAAACUGGCAAAGUCCUGGCCAACUUUAAACACUCUAAUUAAAAUAAUUGGUAAUUCCCUGGGAGCACUGAGUAAUCUGACCCUCGUCCUGGCAAUCAUCGUUUUCAUUUUUGCUAUAGUAGGGAUGCAACUUUUUGGGAGAAGCUAUGGGGAGAACAGCCAUAAAAUAAACAAAAAUGGCCAGCCACGCUGGCACAUGAUGGACUUUUUCCACUCAUUCCUCGUCGUUUUCCGAAUUCUGUGUGGAGAAUGGAUUGAGACCAUGUGGGACUGCAUGGUGGUUGCUGAACAGCCGCUGUGCCUUCUUGUCUUUCUGUUGGUCAUGGUGAUAGGAAAUUUAGUGGUUCUCAACCUUUUCAUUGCGCUCCUGUUGAAUUCCUUCAGUACCGAAUGUCUCCAGACAGCAGAGGAUGAUGGAGAAAUGAACAAUCUUCGGAUCGCCUUUGCUCGGAUUCACAAGGGGUUUCACUUUGUGAAGAGUGUUAUGUGGGAUACCUGUUGUGAAAAGUUCAGGCAUAUAAAGAAAGCGCACAGGAAGAAAAUCAAAUUGACUGCACAGAACCCCCUUGGGCUCAAGUGUGAAGAGAUAAAAAAUCGUAAAGAGAAUUACAAUAACGAAUGGGCUGAGAGAAAUGGGGACAGAUGCUCGGGUCUUGAAGAUUUUAUUACAAAUCCUAAUGUAUUUGUUUGUGUCCCUAUUGCUGAGGCAGAGAAUACAAGUGAGGGGUUUGAAGAUGAUGAUAAACUGAGCACAUUUACAGACAUAGACUACAACAAACAGGAUGAAAAUCACCUGAGGCAAAGGGGAGAAAGAGGGAAAAAUUCAGGCAGCUGGAGUAAAGGAUCGGGAUUCUCCUCUGAAGAAUUCAGUGUGCUUUACCUAGGAAAGGAUAGGAAGGUUGAACCAUCAUCGCCAGAACAAAAAGAGUUUGACAGUGUCAGCUCUUCUGAAGGCAGCACGGUGGAUCUGACAAAUCCUGAAGAUUUUUUGAGGCAGAUUCCAGAGUUUGCUGAAGACUUCAAGACUCCAGAAAAAUGUUUUCCAGAAGGUUGUGUGCGAUACUUUCAUUGUUAUGUGGGUAGUGCCAUAAAGUUUGGAGGAGAAACAUGGUGGAAUCUGAGAAAAACCUGCUACCAGAUUGUUGAACACUCGUGGUUUGAAUCCUUUAUCAUAUUCAUGAUUCUUCUGAGCAGCGGAGCCCUGGCAUUUGAAGACAUCCAUAUAAAUGAGAGAAGAAGCAUUAAAAUUAUGUUGGCUUUUCUUGACAAAAUGUUCACUUUCAUCUUUGUUCUGGAGAUGCUCCUGAAAUGGGUGGCUUACGGCUUCAAGAAGUAUUUCACCAAUGCUUGGUGCUGGCUGGACUUCCUCAUUGUAGACGUAAGUUCUGUCUCUUUAAUAAACCUCUUAGGCAGUUCAUUUGGCCCCAUGAAAUCUCUUAGGACUCUCCGAGCUCUGAGACCCUUAAGAGCGUUGUCACGAUUUGAGGGAAUGAGGGUGGUGGUCAAUGCCCUCCUGGGAGCCAUCCCUUCCAUCAUGAACGUUCUGCUUGUCUGCCUCAUCUUCUGGCUCAUCUUUAGCAUCAUGGGAGUGAACCUCUUUGCUGGGAAGUUUGGGAAAUGUGUCAAUCUGACAGAAGAAGAUUCAGAAUUGAAUGGUUCGAUCAAUAACAUAACAGACUGCAAAAUGUAUAAUAACACAGGAAAAAUAUUCUGGGUCAACGUUAAAGUCAACUUUGAUAAUGUUGGCUCUGGCUACCUGGCUCUUCUUCAGGUGGCAACAUUUAAAGGUUGGAUGGAAAUCAUGUAUGCGGCAGUAGAUUCACGAGAGAAAAAUGAGCAGCCGGAAAUGGAGCACAGCCUAUUUAUGUAUCUCUACUUUGUGAACUUCAUCAUCUUUGGAUCUUUCUUUACCCUGAAUCUCUUUGUUGGUGUUAUUAUCGACAACUUCAACCAACAAAAGAAAAAGAUAAGUGGGGAAGAUAUCUUUAUGACAGAAGAACAGAAAAAAUAUUACAAUGCAAUGAAAAAGUUGGGAUCCAAGAAACCUCAAAAACCCAUUCCAAGACCACUGAACAGAUACCAAGGGUUCCUUUUUGACAUUGUAACACGCCAAGCCUUUGACGUUGUCAUCAUGAUUCUCAUCUGCCUUAACAUGAUCACCAUGAUGGUGGAAACCCAUGAGCAAAGUGAAACGAAGACUAACAUCCUUAACAAAAUCAAUAUACUCUUCGUUGCCAUCUUCACUACUGAAUGUGUACUGAAAUUGGUGGCUCUGAGGCAGUACUACUUCUCAAAUGCCUGGAACAUAUUUGACUUAGUUGUUGUGAUUAUGUCACUUGUUGCCUUACUGCUUUCUGGCAUCAGUACAGCAUUUGAACAUUUCUUACCACCUAUACUCUUCAGGGUCAUUCGCUUGGCUCGGAUUGGACGAAUACUGAGACUCAUCCGGGCUGCCAAAGGAAUUCGAACUCUGCUUUUCGCAUUAAUGAUGUCCCUACCUGCUCUAUUCAACAUUGGCCUCUUGCUUUUUCUGGUCAUGUUCAUUUAUGCUAUUUUUGGCAUGGCUAACUUUGCCUACGUGAAGAUGGAAGAUGGCAUUGACGAUAUGUUCAACUUCCAAACCUUUGCUAACAGCAUGCUCUGUCUCUUCCAAAUCACCACGUCAGCUGGCUGGGAUGGUCUUCUCAGUCCUAUUUUAAACACUGGGCCACCGUACUGUGAUCCAAAUGUAAAUGGUACUAUAGGCGAAUGUGGUAAACCUGCCAUAGGUAUUAUUUAUUUCGUAAGUUACAUCAUUAUAUCAUUUCUCAUUGUUGUAAACAUGUAUAUAGCUGUUAUUCUGGAGAACUUCAAUGCUGCUACUGAGGAAAGUACAGAGCCUUUAGGGGAAGAUGACUUUGACAUCUUUUAUGAAAUCUGGGAGAAGUUUGAUCCUGAGGCAAGUCAGUUUAUAACUUUCUCUGCGCUUUCAGACUUUGCAGAUGCUCUGGCUGAACCUUUACGUGUACCAAAACCAAACAAAGUUGAACUCAUAGCAAUGGACCUGCCUAUGGUCAGUGGAGACAGGAUCCACUGCUUGGAUAUCUUGUUUGCUUUUACCAAACGAGUGUUAGGAGAUUCUGGGGAGCUGGAUACUCUGAAAGUACAAAUGGAGGAGAAGUUCAUGGCUGCCAAUCCAUCAAAAAAAUCCUACGAGCCAAUCUCUACUACACUCAGACACAGACAAGAGGAAGCUUCUGCUACUGUCAUCCAGCGUGCCUACAGGAGUCAUUUGCUCCUGCGCUCCAUAAAGCAGGCUUCUUACCUGUACCAUCACAGAACUUGCAGUACUGACACUGUUGGAGAUGCUGCUCCAGAGAAAGAAGGACUUAUUGCAUCUAUGAUGGGUGAAAACUAUGGUAGGAGUCCUGAGAAAUCUGAAACUUUGUCCUCAGCAUCUUUUCCUCCAUCAUACGACAGUGUCACAAGAGCCAGUAGUGGCAAUCUCAUGGUUGAGAAUGGAGAAAUUACAGGUAAUCAACAAUAUCCAGACAUUAAAUAG